AACGAGUUGAGUUCCAACGUCAACCGUCGAUUGUUCUGAAGGAGAGAAAGCCGCUCGUCUUACACAAAACCCCUUCAGCUGUUUCUUCGUUCUUCAGAAAGGUUCGAGCCAGCCAACGAACGAAACUGGUCGUUAUGAGUCUCCCUCAACUCCUCCUGCUCGUGGUCCUGGUGACUUGCGGGUUCCUGUGCGUGGCCAACGCCAGCAUGGAGGCUAAGAGGAUGGGCUCGGAAUUUCUCGGCAAGCGUUCUCGAAUGGACGCAGCAGACCUGAUCUCGGGUCUUUGGGAAGAGGACGGGCAACCGAGACCCUCCGCAGCCCGAGUCCGCUUCCUACGCACGGCGGCUGCGCUGAACCGGCUCGGAGCCCUGGAAGACGACGACGACGCCCUCGAGGCGUCGCCCCUCAUGUCGGACCUAAGCGCCGCCGCGCUCUUCGCCAAGCAGAAGCGCAUAGGUUCCGAGUUUUUGGGCAAACGCUCGUCCGCAGACCUGGUUCAGAAGAGGAUGGGCUCGGAGUUCCUCGGCCGACGGAAGAGGGACGCAGUCCAUGGAGACUUUCCGCCACCUGUUGUCGGUCCCCUCGACGCGUGAACGAGGAAUUGCAUGAACAUUUUGUAAGGCUCGGUCAUCGCUGUUCAACACAUUCAGACGGAACGCUGAGUCGCAGCCUCCAGCAGCUGUACACGGGAGGUAGCCCUUUCACGAACGCCAGGCAGAGAGUCCCCAGUCGGGAAAUGGACUGGCUCAUGGAAGUUCUCAGACCACGCCAGAACAAGCGACUUUCCGAGUUCCUGGGCGGACCCGGGAAACGUUACUCCGAGUUUCUCGGAGGGCCCGGCAAGAGGUACUCCGAAUUCCUGGGUGGACCCGGAAAACGCUACUCUGAGUUCCUCGGAGGUCCGGGCAAGAGGUACUCGGAAUUUCUCGGCGGCCCUGGCAAGAGGACCAUGGAAGACGGCGCUGAGCCGCACCAUCAACCGCAGACGGUGUUCGCGGAACAGGAUGCCGCAGCGCUGAAGAAACGAUAACUUUAUUGUUCGCAAUUUGGUGGUAGUUUCCUCGGAAGCCUGCAAUGUUCUUCGCAGUUCAAGCUGUGUCCUCCUUUCUGAAGGCACCCGUUGGUGGAGUUUGCGCUGAAGAGGCGUCUACGCUUCGGUGCCUGGCUGCAAUACUUUUUCCGAGUCUUUUGGGACGCGCGCGUUCUUCUUUCCCGUCUUUUCCUCGUCCGUCUGGAUCGUGUUGAACGGUGCAGAGUGCCGAGAGUAACGAUUCCGCAUUUAAGAGAAAAACACACGAAAAGAAAUAAAUAAAUAAAGAUUUCGGUACCUCGAAGGAAUGUACUGGCUUGCCGCAAACACGGUGUCUUGUUACUGAGGCAGCAACCUGAAUAAAGUGCGAAACGAAGCAAUCAAAUCCCACUUUGUGCAACUGUGACCGGUUGGUCUGCAUUCAGUGUCGGCUCUUGAUAUUGUGCUUGUAUUGCUGAUAUUUUGUAUUGCAUACAUUUCUGUUUCGCUUCAGAUUUAUUUUUAGUUGCAGGAUACCUUGGAUUCGUUUUAUUUUUAGCAGGCUCUCGUCCUUUGUGUGCUGUGCGUAACCUUAACUUUAUUAAAAAACAAAAUCUUAAAAAAAGUAAGACUGACCUUGUUGCUCUCGUAGCUUGCAUUAAUAAAACGAACUUGCUGGCUAUA